GCAUAGAUUUUGGCAACAUGGCAGCAUCUGGGAAAAAGAAGCUGGUGCAGCAAGAAGAGCUAAGGCGGCUGAUGAAAGCUAAGCAGCGAGAGACUGCAGUCAAGAAGAGAAUAGAAUCUCCACUAGCGAAAUACAACAGCCUUGGGCAGUUGUCCUGUGUUGUGUGUAACGCAUAUAUUAAAAGUGAGUUAUUGUGGCAGGCGCACAUCCUUGGAAAACAGCAUAAAGAGAAAGUUGCAGAAUUGAAAGGCACCAAGGCAGAUACAAGUAAUGCCGCCAUCACUGCACCGAUUUCUCAGCUUGGAAAAAGAAAAGUACAGAAUCCCGAAAACAAUGAUCACAAAAGAAUUAAAGCUCCAGAUGAUCAGUCAAUAUCAUCUUCAACAUCGCUACCUUCAGGGUUCUUUGAUAAAGAAGACAAAUCAUCAAAAAAACAGACUACUGCUAAAACAUCAAGCUUGAGCUUGUUGGUAGGAGAUUAUGAUGACGAUGAUAUUGAAGACAAUGAAGAAGGUACCAAAUCAGAUUCAUCAUUUCAUCAGAAACCAACAGAAAUUCCACUUCCUCCCCCAGCAGCAAGUAAUGACAGUUUACCAGCAGAUUUCUUCGACAACAAAACACCUGUUACUCAGGUUUCUCAUUCGGGGUCUAUAUUGAAGCCAGACAUACAAGAAAAGGUGGUAGAAAGGAAAGAAAACACUGCUGAAGCAUUGCCUGAGGGAUUUUUUGAUGACCCAGAAAUUGACGCAAAGAUUCGAAAAGUUGAUGCACCUAAAGAUCAGAUGGAUAAAGAAUGGGAUGAGUUUCAGAAAGAAAUACGUCAAGUGAACACUGUGUCAGAAGCAAUUGUGGCUGAAGAGGAUGAAGAAGGUAGACUCGAUAGGCAAAUUGAUGAAAUUGAUGAGCAGAUAGAAUGCUACCGCCGUAUUGAACAACUGAGGGACCGAAAAGAAAAUUUGCAUGAGUCAUUAGUAGAAAUAAUGAGGAUAAAGGCCAGCAAAAAACAAGAAAGAGAUGAAGUUGAUAGUGAUGACGAAGGAAUGUUGAAAAAUAUGCUUGCUCAGGACUGGCGUGAGAAAGGAGCUUUCCUUUAGUGAUUCCAAUUCCUGCCUGUGGGGGAGCUAAAACUAAAAUAUUUCAAGGAGAACAGAAUUGGUUGAGAUAUACAAAAAAAACAAUUUUCUGAGGUUUGGGGUUGAUUACAGCUUCAAAAUAUGUAAACAUUUUGUAUAUAAUAUUUUUUUCUGCUCUGAAAUUGUAAUGCAUUUUGAUAUAGCCUCAGGUUUGUUUUAUGAAAGAGGAUGUCUUCUGAUUAUGUCUCUCGUUUUCUUUUUUCCCUGUACUUUCUUAGUGUAUAUAAAUGCUAAUAUUGUCUUAAAGGGACAUUCCAGCCAAAAUUGGAAUCCACAUGGAUGCAUUUUUGUAAUAUAUAUGUAUUAGCAAAAAUGUUUCUAAUAAAACCUAUAGCUGUUUCAAAACUGUAUUUAAGUAUGCACCGUGCACCAGCAUUUUAAACACAGCACUUGCUCAGAUAACCUAAGGUGCUUGUAUCUUCUGGUAAUGGCUCAAUUUUGUUAUUUGCUGACAUGCUAUAAGCCUCACUGGUGCUCUGGCAAGUUGCAGUAUUUAAAAUGCUGGUGCACUGAGAAUAUCUAGCUAUGCUUCACAUGCACGUGCAGAGAAAAAUGCUAACAAUAAACUAGUUAUAACUUUUACUAGAAGCAUUUUGUGCCAAUACGUGUAUAUUGUAAAUAUGUUUCUAUUUAAAGUGAAUGUAAACUUAACCCUACUGGCUCACGGCAUUGGAUAGGCUUUUAAAAAUUAGGCAGGGUUUAAUUCUUCAAAUUUUUUAUAUUUAUUUUCUCCAAUUUUUUACCUUUUUACAGCUCUAUCGAUAUGCACAGAUCUCCCACCAUAUUGUGUAAUUGAUUGACAGAUGACGAUUCUUAAAACAACUAAUCCUUAUCUGUCAAUCAAUUACAUAAUAUGGCGGGCGGGAGAGCUGCGCUUAUUGUCGGAGCUUUAAAAAGGUAAAAAUUGGAGUAAAUUAAUUUAUAAUUUUUUUUUUAUAUUUAAUUCUGCCUAAUUUUUAAAAGUCUAUCCAAUGUCGUGAGCCAGUAGGAUUAAGUUUUUAUUCACUUUAAGUUUUGACCGGACUGUCUCUUUAAAUAUUAAAUGUGUUUUCGAUAGUGAGCACUAAAUUUGAUAUUUUCUGAUAUAAAGUGAACUUCAAAGGAGGAUUUUGUAUUCAUACCAUAUUUAUUUGUUACUUUUGAAGGUGAAUAUGAAUAAAAUAAUACAAUAUGACUGAAAUCGACAAAAUAUAAACACAAGUACAUUAAA